AUGAGUGAUGUUGACACUGUCUCCUCCGUACCAGCUGCCCUGGAUGCCGAUCAGAGUGCUCUUGCGGUCAAGGUGAACCACCGGUCUCCCUCGGGACCCCCCUCACCCAAGAGGGCUUCUCUACCCCCUCUCCCUCGAGGGGUGACCCGUCCCGUGAAGGAGCCGGAGCCUGUUGCUGGGGAGGGUGACGGGCCAGCAAGCCCCAAGGCUGACUCGGAGGCAGAAACCAUCAUCCAGUCGGGCCGGGAGUCUUUGUCCCCUGAGAAAAGGCGCAAGUUCAUCAGGCAUGAACCGAAACCCCGUCAUGAGGGACGGGACCCCGUCGAUCCCGUGGAGAGUGACCUGCCCCCCAAUGACCUGCACGUUAGGAAGCGCAAUUCCCCGAAUGGCCACUCGCGGGAGGAACGCGACCGUGAGGAAGCCCGCCCAUCAAGCCCCCGUCGGAGGACGGUAUCGCCACCAUCCGUCGUGAAAGUCGAGAAGCCAGAGGAUUCCCAGUCGGUUUCCAGCAAGAUUGAGCUGUCGACCACUUCGGCGCCGAGACACCCACGAAAGCGCAGCUUCAGUGAGACGGUCGAUGGAGAGGGUGAAUCGGGUCGCUCUGUACGUCAGAACAGCUCUGCGACCGCUCGCCCUCGGGAGCGAAAGGAUCUGAAUGGAGUGCUGCUACCUCGGCCCGUUUCCAAUGAUCGUUCCGUCUCCCCCGUCCGUGCCUCCCACAAACGGACGGCUUCGGGAACGCAGCUCUCUGCGGGUGAAAUGCAACGGAAGAAGAAGGCGCCGACCCCUCUCAUAACUGGAUUUGCACGCCAAAGUUCCGAGGAUCGUCAAUCUGUGUCGUCUUCUACAAGCGGUUCCCCGCUGCCCAGCGCUCACGCACGGAAACUCGGUUCGGUUGACGGUGCGUCGGCCUCGCCUGCACGGCCCAUGGGUCACAAGAAACAGCGGGACCAAAAUGGUCGGACCCGAUUAGCGCGUGCGUGUGCGGCUCAAGAACUUGAAGCCGCUAUCGCACGACAUGCGGAACGUCCUGAGGACCUGAAUGUCGCUGACAAUGCCGGAAAUACUCCCUUGCAGAUCGCCUCGCUCGAAGGAUGUGCACCGAUCGUGAAAUUUCUUCUCGAGGCGGGCUGCGAAAUCGACACCAAGAAUAUUGAUAAAGACACCCCACUGAUUGAUGCGGUCGAGAACGGCCAUCUGGAAGUCGUGAAGCUGUUACUCGAGGCUGGUGCAAACCCUCGUAUCUUGAACGCCGAGGGCGACGAGCCGUACGAACUGGUCCCAUCGGACUCGGAAGACUACGAAGAGAUCCGGCGAGUGAUCUCGGAGGCAAAAGCCAAUCCCCGUCCAAACCGCCGAUCCGAGGAGCGCGCUGGUUCGGAGAAUAAGGAGCCAUCAUCUCGACGGAUUUCCGCCGAAAGCGCACGCGAUUCACCCCCUGUGCAUCGACAACGUAGUCCGCCUAUGGCUACCACGAAACGCAGGACCGUACGCAGCGAAGCCACAAGAAACGAUCUACUGUGGACUACAGCCACCCGGGAGAACCUACAGGCGUUCGCAGCAAAAGGAGACAUGGCUGGUGUGGCUAACAUCCUGAAUGUGGGACAAACAGCCGAUGCGGAGUCCAUGAUUGCUGCUGCGAAAGGCGGCCAUGAUGAGGUUAUCUCGCUGCUUCUAGGUAUGGGUGAUGCGGAUCCUGACCCUGAUCCUGUCUUCAAUGGAAAUCAGAAACCUGGCUACAACACGCCUAUGUUGGCUGCGAUUGGCCGGGGCAAUGUAAACGUUAUCAAAAUUCUUCUCAACCAACCACGAUUCAACCCGACUCGCCGACCAUACAAGGAUCGCACAUAUUUCGAGCUGUCCCGGGACCGCAGAGGAGAUAAUUGGGAGGAGGAAUACGACCUCUUGCGGGAGGCGUACGAUAACCAUGUUCGGGCGAAGAAGUCACGGAAACAAGAUGUUUCCUCCCCGCGACGACCACGAGAUCGGGAUAAGGAGAACCGUCGACCUGUACGCCGAGAUUCGCCUUCCCCAGGUGGACGACCUAGGAAGCCAGUUGAUAGCCAUCGGGACGUUGCGUCCAAAGACCCGGGACUGCUGAAGGACCGGAAACGAGAGAAUCUUGCACACGCAAAGGAGAAGUUGGCGUCGUCCCGUCCCAGAUCCUCCCACGACCAAGAUGGGUCUCGCGCAGAACCAGCAAAGUCGAAAGCGCCGGCAUCAUCUCGAGACACGGAACCAGCCAGUGCUACCCGUGGUGAAGAUGCCCCUAAAAGGAGGCGAUUGAUAGCUGGAAGACCUCCACAGGACCGCGAUCGACGCCGUCCUAGUAUUCCGUCCUCCGAUUCUCUGUCUGGGCGAGACGAAGGUCCCAAGCCGCGUGUCGACCAUGCGUCUGAUUCCAAUAAACCAGCACCACUAAAGCGAGGUCGCAGCAGUGUCAGCCCUGAACGAUCUCGUGCAAUCGACCCUGAUCGGCAAGCGCGCGAACUCCAAAAGAAGAAGAAACGACGUGUUUUGUCCGAAGACGGUAUGACACCGAAUAUUCCGAAUGGGAGUCCGAAGAGAAGCGUGGAUGAUAUCGACGCCAAACUAUCAGGCCCGAAGUCGGAUAACGACCGCCAUUCGGAAGUGGAUCCCGAUCACACCAGAGGUCCUAACGGGCUCGAUGAAGACACGGUACGCAAAUCCGUCAAGGAGGAAAAGGAGAAGCGCGAGGCGCAUGACCUGCAUGAUGUCCCCAUGGAGGAUGUCCCCAGUGCUGCUGAAAAGGCCGAGGCCGAGGCCGAACAGCGUCGGCAGAAGGAGGCCGAGAAAGCUGAGAAGGAACGUCUCGCUCAGGAAGCGCGCGUAGCCGCAGAGGCCGAAAAGGCCCGAUUGGAGAAAGAGGAGGAAGAGCGUACUGCUCGGGCCGCACGUUUGGCCCAGGAGAAAGCGGCUGAGGAGGAGCGCAAACGUAAGGAGGCCGAACAACGGCGGAUCAAACAGGCGGAAGAUGAGCGCCAGAAGCGGAUCGAGCAAGAGCGGGCACGCAUGGCGAAGUUGCGCAGAGACCAAGAAGAGCAGGAGCAGCGGCGACGGGACGCCCUGCCCAGCCGACUCCGCAUCGCAGCCAACCUGGUUGGGUCGAACGAUCCGCAAGCACGGAGUCAUUUGUGGUUGCGGAAGUUCAUGCCGGUUGUCACGGCCGAGACGCGGCAACUCGAUCCAGGCUGUAACCCUGAUCUGGCCGAUGAGAAGUGGGUUCCGAACUACCUGGUUGCGCCGUUGUUGGCUACGAAUGAUCUCCAGCUAUCGCAGUAUGCCAGCUGGGAGAAGCGGGACGCAACGCCCACACAACGGAUGAAUCUGUGGCGGGUGACCCGUCGGAUGCUCGUCCAGGCCGAAGACACGGAGUUCAUGGGCUCGUCAUUCGAACAGGUCAUGCAGAAGGACAACGAGACGCGGCCCAAAUACUUUGACAUGGAACAUGUAUUCUGGGUUAAGUUGUCGGACUUCAUGGAUCUUGUUCCCCAUAUUCCGCAUCUUCACGGACUGGACAUUCAGUUUUUGAAAAUGCAUAUCGACCGGGAGCCAUCGGCGCCGUCUGCGUUCGCCUUUCCGCAGCCCAAUGGACAUGCCGCCGGACCGCCGCCUCUGGAGCAGGCCGCUGGAUACUCGGGUGGAUUAAAGGGCCUUACGAAUGGCUUCGGCCAUCGCCAAAGUACAUACGUCUAA